AUGGGCGUGGUUGAAUCUCAACUGGGCUACAGACACAACGGAUAUUUUCCUCAGUCUGGGGCACUUCCUGGGGGCUUGGUUAGAUCCAGUUUUGGUUGUUUUAGCUCCGCCCACUAUGAUUUAGGCGACUCCCCUCCACCUUUUAACCCUUGCCUGUCUGUCUGUCUUCCUGUCUGUCUGCCUGUCUGUCCUCAGACUGUAUACCCCUCCAGACGCUGCACCCACACAGAUGACUCCGCCCUCUUUAUGGGAGAGGACCGGGCCGCUCUCUCUCCUACAGCCAAUCAGUCGCCUUCCUACCCGAGCCCCGGGGGCGUGGCCUCCUGCCGGACCAAUCAGAGGCCGGAGAGCGUCCUGUUCCGCCUUGGGCAGAAAGAGGAGCGGAGGAAAGGUGAGGCGUCUCCUCUGUCUUAA